AUGGGCUUAGGCUGGAGCAGCGCGGAGGAGCGGCAGCCCCUCCUGCCGCCGCCGCAGCAGCAGCAGCAACGGCGGCGGCCGCAGCCGCGGGGGCCGGCGGGGGGCCCGGCGGUGCCGGCAGCGGUGCCGGUGCCGGUGCGGCGGCUGGCGCCGUUGGCGGGCCGCGUCUAUGGCCGGCGGUGGCUGGUGCUGCUGCUCUUCUCGCUGCUGGGCUUCGCGCAGGGCCUGGUGUGGAACAGCUGGGGCCCCAUCCAGAACUCGGCCCGCCUGGCCUUCGGCUUCAGCGGCUGGGACAUCGCCCUCCUCGUCUUCUGGGGGCCCAUCGGCUUCGCGCCCUGCUUCUUCUUCAUGUGGCUCAUGGACAAGAAGGGUCUGAGGGUAACUGUGUUACUAACAUCAUCCCUCAUGGUAUUGGGAGCUGGCCUGAGAUGUGUUCCAGUUUCAGACCUAGAAAUUAGGAAGAAGCUGAUUCACGGAGGGCAGCUGUUAAAUGGUUUGGCGGGGCCAACUGUGAUGAACGCGGCACCAUUUCUUUCCACGACGUGGUUUUCUCCGGAUGAACGUGCCACAGCAACAGCCAUCGCGUCGCUGCUCAAUUACCUGGGUGCUGCUGGCGCGUUUCUAGUGGGACCUCUUGUAGUGCCAUCUCCUAAUGGAACAUCUCACCUCCCGCUGGUAUCACAGAGCAACACAGAGCACAUCAAGGACCGCAUUGAGGCUGUGCUGUAUGCAGAAUUUGGAAUGGUUUCCCUGAUAUUUUCUGCAGCGUUGGCCUACUUCCCCUCGCGCCCUCCAUUCCCUCCCAGCGUGGCUGCGGCAAGUCAACGGCUCAGCUACAGGAGAAGUUUUUGCAGGCUCUUAAGCAAUUUCCGAUUCUUGAUGAUUGCUUUAGCCUAUGCUAUACCACUGGGUGUUUUCUCUGGCUGGUCUGGUGUUCUGGAUUUGAUAUUAACGCCAGUUCACGUAAGCCAAGUAGAUGCAGGCUGGAUUGGAUUUUGGUCUAUAGUUGGAGGUUGUGUUGUUGGCAUAGCAAUGGCAAGAUUUGCAGAUUUUAUCAGGGGCAUGCUGAAGUUUAUACUGCUGCUGCUUUUAUCUGGAGCAACGUUAGCAUCAACCUGGUUCACUCUCACCUGUCUAACUAGUGUCACUCAUCUGCCUUUAACCACAGCUACACUGUACACAUCCUGCAUUUUGUUGGGUAUAUUCCUCAACAGCAGCGUACCAAUAUUCUUUGAGCUCUUUGUGGAGACAGUCUACCCUGUUCCAGAAGGAAUUACCUGUGGAGUUGUCACCUUUUUGAGUAAUGUGUUUAUGGGAGUGCUUUUGUUUUUCCUCACAUUUUACCACACAGAGUUUUCGUGGUUCAACUGGUGCCUGCCAGGAUCGUGUCUGCUCAGCCUGCUCCUCAUCCUGUGCUUCCGCGAGUCCUAUGACAGACUCUAUCUCGACGUUGUUGUCUCUGUGUGAUAACACUGGACUGGUGAGGGGAUGGAAGAGGCUGGAAGUCAGCUUUGCAGUCUGCACAUCUGCCUGGAUUUGCACGGCUGAACAGCGGACAAACAGAAAUUACAAGACUUAAUUGUCGCUUUAUUAGAGAGAGUGAGCAACAGACUGUUCUUACCUUCAAGACUAUCUUGAUUUGCGAUAAACAUGGAACUUGAGUGGUGAUAAUGAUGCCGAAAUGCACAAUGAGAAUAUAUCUGAUGUACAGGUCCCGGUGUCAGAGCUGGGGCUCUCUAUUUAAAAGGCUGUUGUAGCAGUGAGGUAUACAGUUGUGUGUGCGUGCAUUGCGUGCGUGUGUGCCGGCUCAAGGUUGUACACACUGGGGUACCAGUAAUCAUCAGAGUCUUCUAUCAGAAUAGAAAUAGUAAAAAAUCUUAACAAAAGGGACAAAAA